UCGAAAAGUGAUUGUAAUGGCGGGAACGGAGGAGCUCUCUUGGAUUCUCUGAUUGACUAAUUUGUUAUUUAACCAGAUAAGAAUCUUAAUGAACGGGAGAAACUGAAAUCCAGAGCGCUUCGUCGUCGACAGCUUCAUGGGCACUGUGAUCGACUCCCAUUUCUUGGCCCUCACUGCCACUGUCACUAUUGGGUAUCAACUGUCGUUCUUUAUAAUCACAGCUCUUCUCAGAUUUGACAAAGUUACUGAUUUCGCUGGUAGCACAAAUUUUGUGAUACUUGCUGUUUUGACUCUAGUGCUUAAAGGCACUUGGCAUUUUAGACAGGUAAUUCUGUCUGUGCUUGUAGUGACAUGGGGCCUUCGUCUUGGUUUUUUCUUGUUAAUGAGGAUUUUGCAAUGGGGAGAGGAUCGACGUUUUGAUAAAAUGCGUAGUAAUUUGGGAAAAUUAGCAGUUUUCUGGAUAUUGCAGGCUGUCUGGAUCUGGACCGUAAGUUUACCUAUCACGGUGGUCAAUGCAAGCAAUCACAAUCCAUCUCUCCGAGCUGCGGAUGUAAUUGGGUGGAUUAUAUGGUUAGUGGGUGUUGUAAUCGAAACUACAGCUGAUCAACAAAAAUUGGCAUUUAAAAACUCUCCAGAAAAUAGGGGGAAGUGGUGCGAUGUUGGACUUUGGAAGGUCUCUCGUCAUCCUAAUUACUUUGGUGAGAUCUUUCUUUGGUGGGGAAUCUUCGUUGCUUCCACUCCCGUUCUGGAAGGUAUUGAGUGGCUUGUGAUACUUGGGCCAAUAUUCUUAACAUUGCUGCUUCUUUUUGUCAGUGGGAUCCCACUACUUGAGAAAUCAGCAGAUAAGAAGUUUGGGAAUGUGACCGAAUACGUACGUUAUAAAAGAGAGACUAGCCCCCUGAUCCCACUGCCUACAGCAAUAUAUGGAAACCUGCCCUCGUGGUUCAAGAAAAACUUUCUAUUUGAAUUUCCUUUUUACAGCCGCAAAUUCCCUGGGUCGAGCAAAACUGGUACAGAGCAAGCAAGGACGAAAGCAGCGACAGAUUGAAGAAGGGAAUGCUUGCAAUCCUCAUCAUCUUGACUCGUCAGUGGUCAUGUGACCCAUUAUCCUCUGUCUUCUAUACUUUAAGGGGCAUGUCAAAAAGCAAUCAUUUUUAUAGAAGUGCAUCAAUAAGUUUACUAAAAUGUAGGCUUGCUGCAGGUACAGGAGCUCACAUAAAUAGCGAGAUAAGAAUUGAAAUGAUGGGGUUUACAUUGGUGUUACCCUGAGUCUACUGUGCACACAUCAGUCUUUAAUCACCUUUUCUAUUUGUUCAAUCUCAUCAUCAAUGCCUGUCUUUUGAUUGCACAUGAUAGAAUUUCCCUGUUUUCUUAUCAGACUUUAUCUUCUCGUGUAUAUGGAUAGUGAUUUGAAUUUAAUAGAGAAAAGUAAUGGAUUGAAUUGCCAUUGUGUUCUAUGAUGACAACAAGCAGCAAAAGAUGGAAGUUUUUGGCUGAAGUUGAUUGAUCUUUGAAACAUUCCAAGGGAUGAUAACUACAAAUUUUCCGCUAAUUGGGGGCUGCUUGUUUAUCAGCCUGUUCUUUCGGCUGCCGCUGAAAUUGAAUUGAUUUGGUACAUUAUAUUGAUAAACACUGACGUUUAAAUUGAAGAUUCUUUUGUAGGCCCCCCCCAACAGGUAGCCGGUCGCUGGGCCCUUGAGAGUUCUUCCCUGCUAAUUUUCAAUGCCCUCCUCUCCUCAGUGUUGAUGGCCGUAAUUUGAAACAUACAGACUCCACUGAGCCAAGGUAAAGGCCUUAACCGAAUGUUUCAAUUCAAAUUUGCAACUGUUUCGUAAUAUACAUGUUCUUGAAUGAAAAAGUAGUGUUUAGGUGAACUUUUUUUAAAAGAAAAGCAAGUGUGUCAAGUAGAGUGGAAAAUGGCUCCCUUUUUAAAUAUAUUUUCAUGUGAAAAGCACUGCCAUUGGAUGGCUGACCCAGCUGGCAUGCUUUACCUUAUAAAGAUAUAGCCAAACGGAACACACUGGAAAUCCACUCACACUAUCACAGCACAGCUUUUCACCUCAUGUAAUGCUGUCGUUUCCAUAUUAGCAAUUGGGACAAGAGACUUCGAUUCUUGGCAAGCUAAUCAGCUUCUUAGUUCCCUUUUACUCACAAGUCAUAGUCCACAAGAACCAAAAGCCAGCCAUAGUCCACAAGGACCAAAAGCCAGCCAUUAAUACAAGGCCCGAACAGCCAAAAGCCUAUUAAUACCUAGUAACAAUAGAGAGAGAGAGAGAUGGCAUCAAUAUAAGUUCAUUAGUCAAAGCCACUAUUCCCCAUAAACAAACUCCUAUCAGAAUUAUAUCAUAAUCCAAAGUUUUUUUUUUUUUUCUUUUGCUUAAAGUGCAUCUAACUGUGAUGAGGG